UGUAUCGCAUACAAUUUUAGUGGAAUGUCUAUUUUAAACCUAUUUUUAUUGAUAUCUAUUGAAUAAUCCUUUACGUUAUUCACACCAUCUUGAUAUUUAUAGUUAUUUCAAUUUCACUUUUAUUCCUGUGCUGGACAAUGACGAGAACGGCGCUAAUAUAUCGUCGUUUCCCUUUCCUUAACUGCUGUGAAAUUCAACUUUCAUAACAAUCCACGCUUCGUUAUUUCCUUGAUUCAUUUCUGCACCUUCGUACAUAUCCCGAUCAACUAUGGACUACCCAGACUACAUAAGUAAUGAAGCAAGUUCACCUAUUGAGAAGCUAACAAGCGAUAUAAACAUUUCGAAUGAUGACGAGACACAUCGCAGUAUAACUAUCGAUUCGAAUAACACAUACAAAAUGGAUGGUGGUAAAAAUUAUGCUUUAAUAAUUAACAAUCAAAACUUCGAAAAUGAUAAAAUACACGAAAGACAAGGAUCCGACAGAGAUGCAUCAGCAAUUAAAAAGGCAUUGGAAUCAUUGCAUUUUGAUGUGAGUGACCACAAGAAUUUGUCUGUGAAAGAGAUGGAGGAGAAGUUUGAGCAUCUAUCCAAAAUGAACUAUGAGAACUAUAACUGCUUCGUUUGUGUUAUAUUGACUCACGGUGGUGACGAUAACGUGAUUCAUGGUACUGAUGGCAAAGUAAAACUAGGCAGCUUAAUGCAAAUGCUACUUCCUGAUAGGUGUCAAAGUUUAAUGGGAAAGCCAAAACUAUUCUUCGUACAAGCCGCUCUUUUUCCUGAAGAUAAACCAGAUUGUCCAGGAAAAGGAAUACAAAACAGUGAAAAACUACCACUUUGGGCAGACGUGCUUCUGGCUUAUUCCACUAUCCCUGGAUUUUACUCCUGGGAAAAUUCUACUAUUGGAUCGUGGUUUAUUCAGUCAUUAGCCCACAUUUUGGAAAAAGACGGAGACCGACUUGAACUGCAACGAUUAAUGCUUUCAGUAAAUCGUAGAGUUGCCUAUGAAUAUGAGAAAUAUACUAAGAAAAAAAAGAAAACGGGAAAAUGGAAGCAAGUUCCUUGCAUAUUAAACAUGUUAACAAAGAAAUUAAAAUUUCACAAGUAAAAUUUCACUUUUCCAAACCUUCUUCCACUCUACUUCCCCUAAUAUUAUGUGUGAGUCUGCGUAUGUGUGUGCGUGUGUGUGUAUGUAACUUUAAUAUUGCUAAUUUUCCUUGUUCACUUCUAUUGUGUAAAUGUGUUAUUUCAUUUCAUUAUAAUAUUUUUCAUGUACUUUAAAAUUUAUUCGGUGAUAUGUGGCAGUGAUUCAAGCAGCUGGUCCAUUCUAAACUUGCUACCAUUCUCCUGUUAAGCGACGAAGUCUGGUUCUAAGAACGAUUUCGCUAAGUUCAAGUACAACAGGAGAAAGUAGCAGUGCAGAUCACAUACCGGGAUCAGAGACUGACAUUUUAAUUAUGAAGUUGAUAGAAUAAUAGAUUUACUAAGAAAAAUUACUUUCCUAAUCCUUUGUUCUUCACGAACCUUUUCGUUGAAAUAAUUUCGAAUGUUGUAAAAGUGAUAAAAUUCAU